AUGAGGAAGAAUGAAGAGGGUGGAAUUGUUCUGAAACUAGACUUCGCGAAAGCAUAUGAUAAUAUAGAUUGGUCUUUCUUGUUGGACCUGCUGGUGGAAAUGGGUUUUGGGGCAAAGUGGGUGAGGUGGAUGGAGGAAUGUGUAACGACGGCAUCACUAGCGGUGUUAGUAAAUGGCUCACCCACCGACUUUUUCAAAAUUGAGAAAGGGCUUCGCCAAGGGGACCCUCUUUCCCCUUUACUCUUCAACAUUUGCAUCAAUGGACUUUUGUGCAUGCUGAAUAAACUGGGAAGCAAUGAUACCCCAGUUGGUUUUCACAUUGGAAAUGGUCUAUGCCUCAACCACUUACAGUUUGCAGACGAAAGAUGA